CUCGGACCCUCAUUCUCUUAUUGGCUUCGGAGGCGAGAACACCGCGGCCGGAUCCUUGUUUUUUGUAAUAGAUAAAUAGAUAAUUUAGGUGCAUUGAUAUACUAUUUUUGGUUUUCUUUUGUUGAAAAGGAGUUCAGUUUGUCUGCUGUUGUUUAUUUCUUGUUUUACGUUUUUUUUUGUAUUUUUUUUUUGGGGGGGGGGGAAGCAUUGUGCAGUUUUAAUUAUUUUAUUAUUUUUAUUUAUAUUAUAUUUAUUUAUCUAUUUUAUUUUGCGUUCCGUUUUCUGUUGCGUUUUUUUUUCUUUCUUUCUUUCGGGAACUUCGUCGUUUUGAAAGAAAUUUUGUAUUGUGUUUUUUUCCUUCGCUCUUUCCCUCUACCUACCUCUUUUAUGUGUCUAUGCGAAUUAUCGUUUAGUUUGCGUCGAUGAGAAGAAGCAGAAGAGAAGAAGAAAGUGGAAAUAGGGAAACACAACGAUGGAGAAAGAAUCAUACGAAAUAGACGCUUUGGAACAAAAAGAUGAGGAAAUGGAUGCUUAUAAGGGCGAAGAACCGACAGCAGUUAGGAGGAAAAGAGAACUUAAGCAGGUGGGCUUGGUGAGUCUGGUGGGUCUGUCUUACUUCUCACUGGGUGCCAUGCUCCCGUGGCCCUCCCCGGCACUCUCCGAUAUGGCCGAGAAUAAUGCCACUCUUGUUGGCACUGAAAUUUUUCUCACGUCGGCUGAGAAGGAUAUGACAGGCAGCCUCGUGUACCUAGGGACGCUUUUCGGGGCGUGGGUGGCAGGUUUCCUCGUGAGCGCUGUUGGGCGGCGUCGAUCCCUGCAGCUGAUCGUGGCGCCCUUAUGUGGUGGGCUGGCUCAUCAACGGCCUCGCCCCCAACCCCCCUGUGCUGCUCACUGGAAGGUUCAUCCUGGGUCUCGCGGGCGGCAUGACCACCAUCGCCGGCUACGCCUUCGUGGUGGAGCUGGCGGACGCCCACCUGCGCGGCACCAUGGCCACCAUCCCCACCAUGGGCAUCGUGCUGGGCGGCCUGUACACGGUGUCCCUCGGCUACGUGCUGGCGUGGCACGUCCUCGCCUUCGUUUGCAUCCUGCCGCCGCUGCUACUUCUCGCCGGCUCCUUCUUCCUGCCGGAGUCGCCGUCCUACCUCGUGGUCAAGGGGCGUCGCCAGCAGGCACUCGUCAUCCUGCGGAGCCUGCGCGGGGACUACGCCGACGUGGAGGCCGAGGUGGCCGACCUGGAGCGGCGGAACCGCGUGGGAGGCGGAGAGGGCGGCUGGCGGGGCCUGCUGAAGGCGGACGUGCUCAAGCGCAUCGCCGUCGUCGUCACCCUGUUCGCCCUCAUGCAACUGUGCGGCAACUUCGUGUUCAUGAUCUACACGGCGCGCGUCCUGCAGGCGACGGGGGCGCCGUUGGACCCCGACGCCAUCACGGCCAUCGCGGGGGCGCUCAAAGUGGGCGGGACGCUCGCCGCCAUCCUGCUCAUGGACCGCGUCGGCCGCAGGAACUGCCUCAUCGGCUCGCACGCCGUCAACGCCGCCUGCCUCCUCAUCCUCGGCACCUACGUCCACCUGGCCGAGGGCGCCGAGCCGGGUGACGACUCCUUCGACAGGCUGAAAUGGGUCCCCACCGUGUGCGUGACUGUCUCCCUGUUCUUCUGUGACAUCGGCGUCCACCCUGUGCCCUAUGUCCUUUCAUCGGAGUACUUCCCGACCAACCUCAGAGCUCAGGCAUCCUCCAUCUGCAUCUCGACUGGAACGAUAUUCACCUUCCUCGUCCUCCAGCUCUACAGCCCUAUGAUGGAGCUCCUCACGCAGGCCGGCCUCUACUGGUUCUAUGGGGCGACCAGCGUAGUGGGGGUCGUGUUUUGCUUCGUUGCUGUGAUUGAGACGAAGGGAAAGGCUGUUGGGUGAGAGGGGUGGGAGGUUGGAGGGAUGGGGGUAGGAGGGGUAGGGGUGUGAGGGGUAGGGGUGAGAGGGGUAGGGGUGAGAGGGGUAGGAGGUGAGAGGGGUGGGGGUAGGAUGGGUGGGGGUGAGAGAGGUUAUAAGUGGGGGUGAGAGGGAUGGGGAUAUAGGGGUGGGGUUGAGUGGGGUGUGGUUGGAGGAUGGGAGGAUGGGGGUGGCGGUGAGGGUGAGGGAUUGGGGGAGUUGAGGGAUCGGGAUAAGAGGUUGUAAGGAGGGAAGUGAGGGAAAAGGGGGAUAGAUUGAGGAGGGGGGGGGGGCGUAAGGGUGAGAGUCACGAUGAGGGUGAUGGCUGGGUUAAGGGACCAAGAGUUUCACUGAAAAAAAAAAAAAAAAUAUAUAUAUAUUGUUAAGGGUAGCGAAUCUAAAUAAUCUGAGCAUAUUGAACGUGGAAUCAUAUUGUCAUCAUAUCAGGGUAUUCCGAUAUAUACUUGCCUUGUACCUUUCAGGUAUCUCGGAAUAUGGUGAAAAGUGCCAAAUUUUCACCUUAUUUCAUAUUCUUUUUUCAAUCUUUUGUACUUGUGUUCCACUUUUUUUUUUAUAGCAUCGAUACAAACUAUUCAAAGGUGUGUAUGUAUGUAUGAACAAAAAAAAAGAGAAAAUGAACGAAAAUAACAAUGAACUGUAGUCAUUAUUCAUUGUUCUUUUCUCUUUGUGUGAAUCUGUUUAUCUUUUGUUUUUGUGUGUAAUGAAACCAACGAAUAAUUAUGCAAACGUGUAAGAAUUAUGAAUGAUCAAUGGUGUAUGUAACUUCAUUCAUGAUUUAAUAUACUUGUUAGGGGCUUAUGCUCAUUUUAAUAAAAGUUUAAUAACAAUU